AUGGAUCCUUUGCUUGCACUUGGGUAUAAAAAAACAUUGGACCUUGAAGAUGUUCCUCAGCUUGCCAAUUGUGAUAGUGCCAGUGUGGUUUUUGCUUGUUUUAGAAAUAAACUUGAAUCUGAUGGUAAUGGUGGACAAGUAAGCACGCUCAAGUUGGUGAAAUCAUUGAUUCUCUCAACACGAAAGGAAAUUUUGUGGACAACUAUAUUUUCCAUUGUAUGCACAUUGGCUUCUUAUGUUGGACCAUAUCUUAUUGGCGUCUUUAUUCAGUAUCUCAAUAGCCCUCACCAACAAAAAUAUCAAGGCUAUUCACUAGUGUUUAUUUUUUUCCUUUCAAAGCUCUUAAGGUGUGCCUCAGAGAGGCUCUUGUUCUUUCAAUUGCGAAAGAUGGGAAUUACAGUCCGUGCUGCCUUGUUCUCUAUAAUCUACAAAAAGAGUCUCAGACUUUCAAGCCAAUCAAAGCAGGGUCAUGCUAGUGGAGAGAACAUUAAUUUGAUGAAUAUUGAUGUUGAGAGGAUUGGCCUUUUCAGUUGGUACUUGCACAAUAUAUGGAGGGUGCCUGUUCAGAUUGUUCUAGCAUUGUUGAUCUUGUACAAGAGCCUUGGGUUCGCUUCACUUGUAGCUUUUGUUGCCACAGUGAUCCUGAUGUUAGCAAAUGUUCCAUUAGGAAAACUACAAGAAAAAUUUCAAAGGGAAUUAAUGGGUUCAAAGGAUCAACGAAUGAAGGUGACAUCUGAGGCUCUGAGGAAUAUUAGGAUACUCAAGCUCCAGGGUUGGGAGAUGAAGUUCUUGGAUAAGAUAAUCGAGAUAAGAAAAUCUGAAACAAAGUGGAUAAAAAAGUUGCUUUAUUCAUCAGCUAUGAUUGCCUUUGUCUACAUGUUUGCUCCCAUGUUUGUAUCCAUGGUUACUUUUGGGUUCUGUAUGCUUACAAGAAUUCCACUAGAAUCGGGGAACAUUCUAUCCGCACUUGCAAUAUUUGAAAUAUUGCAAGUGCCCAUUUAUAACCUCCCAGACACAAUCUCCAUGAUAGUUCAAACUAAAGUUUCCCUUGUUAGGAUAACCUCAUUCCUUUGUCUUGAUGAUCUUCAUCCGAAUAUAUUACAAAAGCCUACAAGACAUGAUGUCGAGGUUACAAUUGAGAUAGUUAAUGGGAAUUUCUCUUGGGACCUUCAUUCUCCUGAUCUCACAUUAAAAGACAUUAAUUUUCGAGUAUACCGUGGUAUGAAAGUGGCUGUAUGUGGUUUCGUUGGGUCAGGAAAAUCAAGCCUUCUUUCAUGCAUAUUAGGGGAAGUGCCAAAGGUAUCUGGAACCAUUAUGUUGAAUGGGACAAAGGCCUAUGUUGCACAAUCACCUUGGAUACAAAGUGGUAAGAUAGUAGACAAUAUAUUGUUUGGUAAGGAGAUGGACAAGGAAAGGUACGAGAUGAUCCUUGAAGCAUGUUCAUUGAAGAAGGACCUAGAAUUAUGUGCCUUUGGGGACCAAACUAUCAUAGGGGAGAGAGGGAUUAACUUGAGUGGUGGGCAGAAGCAAAGAAUCCAGAUUGCACGUGCUUUAUACCAUGAUGCUGAUAUUUAUUUGUUUGAUGAUCCUUUUAGUGCUGUGGAUGCUCACACAGGAACUCAUCUGUUUAAGAAUUGUUUGCUCAGAAUUUUGGAUUCAAAAACAUUAAUUUAUGUUACCCACCAAAUAGAGUUUUUACCUUCUGCUGAUCUUAUUCUGGUUAUGAGAGAUGGAAGGAUUACUCAAGCGGGAAAAUACAAAGAAAUAUUUAAUUUAGGAACGGAUUUUAUGGAAUUAGUGGAUACACAAAAGAAAGCUUUGGCAAAUGUUAAUUCUAUUGAAUGUGGAGCUACUUCAGAUAAUUUAAUUAAUGGUGAAGAAGAUGAUAAUAUGCCGUGUAGUGAGAAGUCUAUUCAAGACGAUGAGGUAAAGGAACCCAAAGCCUACAAAAUAGAAAAACGGGUUGGGCUAGAAGGGCAACUUGUCCAAGAAGAAGAGAGAGAAAAGGGUGAAGUUAGCCUUUCAUUAUACUGGAAGUAUGUUACCGUUGUAUAUAGGGGAGCGUUUGUUCCAUUUAUAUUGUUGGCACAAAUUCUUUUCCAGCUUUUCCACAUAGUCAGUUGUUAUUGGAUGGUGUUGGCUACUCCCGUUUCAGAAGAUGUGAAAUCUCAUGCUAGAGGAUCCACUAUCAUUUUUGUUUAUGCUGGUUUGUUCUUUGGAUGUUGUCUUUGUGUACUUACAAGGUCCAUGCUCAUCGUAACUGCUGGGUACAAAACAGCCAUUUUCCUCUUCAAUAAAAUGCAUUUUUGCAUUUUUCGUGCUCCCUUGUCAUUUUUUGAUUCCACACCAAGUGGAAGGAUUCUAAACCGGGCCUCCAUAGAUCAAAGUUCUGUUGAUACCUCUAUUCCACAUCAAAUUGAAGCACUACUUAUCUCAAUCAUAGAAUUCUUGGGAACUGCAUUAGUAAUAUCACAGGUUGCAUGGCAAAUGUUAUUAGUUUUUAUUCCAAUAACUAUGGCAUGCAUCUGGUACCAGCAAUAUUACACAUCUGCAGCACGAGAACUUUCACGUAUGACCGGAGUAUGCCAGACACCAAUUAUACAACAUUUUUCUGAAUCUAGUUUAGGUUCAGCUACAAUUAGGUGCUUCAAUCAAGAAGAGAGAUUUAUGAACACAAGCCUAAAGCUGGUGGAUGGGUAUUCCCGGCCCAAAUUUCAUAUUUCUGGUGCAAUAGAGUGGUUAUGCUUCCGCAUGGAUAUGUUGACAUCAAUCACAUAUGCCAUCUCUUUGGUUUUCUUGGUCUUAAUGCCAAAGGGAGUACUCAGUCCUGGGGUUAUGGGAUUAGCAGUCACAUUUGGACUUAGUUUCAGCAUGUAUGGAGUCGUAUGGGAUCUUUGUGGUCUUCAGAAUAAAAUCAUAGCCGUUGAAAGAAUACUACAAUACUCACGCAUCCCCAGUGAACCCCCUUUAUUGGUAGAUGAAAAUAGUUCAAAUUGUGAAUGGCCAUCACAAGGAAAAAUUGAUAUUAUUGAUCUGCAGGUCCGGUAUGCCCCACACCUUCCUCUUGUCUUGCGAGGUGUCACAUGCACUUUUCCCGCAGGGAUGAAGAUUGGCAUCGUUGGGCGAACUGGAAGUGGUAAAUCAACUCUCGUACAUGCUCUUUUUCGCAUGUUUGAACCUGCAACAGGUCAAAUUUUGGUAGAUGGCAUCAACAUUUCUAAGAUUGGCCUUCAUGAUGUGCGAUCAAGAUUGAGCAUCAUCCCACAAGACCCAACAAUGUUUGAGGGGACUCUAAGAAACAAUCUUGAUCCACUUGAAGAGUACAAUGACGAACAGAUCUGGGAGGCUUUAGAUAGAUGCCAACUUGGUGAUGAGGUUAGAAAGAAAGAAGGGAAGCUUGAUUCUACGGUGACUGAGAAUGGAGAGAAUUGGAGCAUGGGUCAAAGGCAGCUAGUCUGUUUAGGGCGGAUAUUCUAG